AACUAUUUUAGAAUACCGCGAUGUAUGAGCGUCUUAAUGAUGGCUGUUUAUAAAGGACUUGACUUAUGUUUACGAUAACUUAGUAGGACUUUUAUUCAUUGGAGUAUACUUACUGGAUAUACGUCUUAUAAAAUCUUAAAGUUUACGAGGAAAUGGCUGAUCUAGAAGCUGUUCUAGCGGACGUCAGCUAUUUGAUGGCUAUGGAGAUGAGUAAAUCCACUCCAGCGGCUCGUGCGAGCAAAAGAAUUACCUUACCCGACCCCAGCAUCCGUGGUAUCAUGACCAAGUAUUUGGAAAAGAACAACCAAAUGACCUUCGAUAAAAUUUUUAACGAGAAGUUAGGUUACUUGUUGUUUCGGGACUUCGUUCUCAAUGUAAGUGAAGAACCUGUUCCGCAGCUUACGUUUUACGAAAAUAUUAAAAAGUUUGAAAAGUUAGACACAGAUGAAGAGCGUAUUAAAUUUGGCCGAGAAAUAUAUGAUCAACACAUUAUGAAAGAACUUUUAUCGCAUAACCACAAAUUCUCUAAAUCAACUGUGGAUCAUGUCCAUGAGCUACUCACUCUAUCUCAAAAGACUAAAAAGCUACCAGCAGAUACAUUUUCUUUGUAUGAAGAUGAAAUCCUCCAGUUCCUUCGUGGUGAUGUAUUUGACAAUUUUCUUAGAAGUAAUAAGUUCACUCGAUUUUGUCAAUGGAAGGAUUUGGAGUUAAAUAUUAACUUAACCACAAACGAUUUCAGCGUACAUCGCAUUAUUGGGCGUGGUGGUUUUGGGGAGGUCUAUGGAUGCCGAAAAGCAGACACUGGUAAAAUGUAUGCUAUGAAAUGUCUGGACAAAAAGAGGAUCAAAAUGAAAGGGGGAGAAACUUUGGCCCUCAAUGAACGUGUUAUGCUUUCACUUGUUAGCACAGGGGAUGGUUGUCCUUUUAUAGUUUGUAUGACGUACGCCUUUCAGACUCCAGAAAAAUUAUGCUUUAUACUAGAUUUAAUGAAUGGUGGUGAUUUGCACUAUCAUCUUACUCAGCAUAAUAUCUUCUCUGAAUCAGAAGUACGUUUUUAUGCAGCUGAAGUUAUAUUGGGUUUGGAGCAUAUGCAUAAUCGUUUCAUUGUAUAUCGCGAUUUGAAGCCUGCAAACAUACUUCUGGACGAAUAUGGUCAUGUUCGAAUCAGUGAUUUGGGAUUAGCCUGUGAUUUUUCACGUCGGAAACCUCAUGCUAGCGUUGGGACUCACGGUUACAUGGCUCCUGAGGUACUGUUAAAAGGUUGUCCAUAUGAUUCUUCAGCUGAUUGGUUUUCACUUGGAUGCAUGUUAUACAAAUUAUUAAGGGGUCAUAGUCCAUUCCGACAUCACAAGACAAAGGAUAAACAUGAGAUUGACAGAAUGACAAUGACCAUGAGUCUAGAUAUCCCAGAUGGUAUGUCCUGUGAAAUGCGGUCCCUGUUGGAAGGUUUGUUAGCGCGUGACGUUUGCAAUCGCCUUGGAUGUAUGGGUCGUGGAUCUCUUGAAGUUCGAGAACAUCCAUUUUUCAAAGGAAUUGAUUGGCAGCAGGUUUAUUUGCAAAAGUACCCACCACCUUUAAUUCCACCUCGGGGAGAAGUAAACGCUGCAGAUGCUUUUGACAUAGGCUCUUUUGAUGAGGAAGAUACUAAAGGUAUUAAGCUCACAGAAGCUGAUCAAGCAUUGUAUCAGAACUUUUCACUUGUUGUGUCUGAACGUUGGCAGUUAGAAAUAGCUGAAACUGUGUUUGAUUUUGUAAAUCAAGAGGCAGAUAAAGUAGAUAAUAAAAAAGCUCGUGCACGACAACGUUCUACACAAACUGCUGAUGUUUCAAGUAGUGGCUUAUCUGGAGUUACUUCAAGUACUGGAAAUUUAUUAAACAUUGGGAAUGUUGGAGUUUCAAAUAGCGGAUCGGGUGGAAAUCUUUCUGACAAUAUGACUGUUGAUGGGGUAGCCUCUGACUGCAUUGUUGAGGGUGACGUUCUGAAACUUGGCGGACCAUUUUUGCAAACAUGGCAACGUAAACAUCUGCGUUUAUUUCCCAACCGUAUUGAGAUAUACAACAAGUCUAGAGAUGGUUUAAUUCUCAAGAAAGGUGUUGAUCUUAUAUCAAUGCUUGAUAUCAAAGAAAUUUCUCCGGAGUUUUCUCGUGUGUGUAAAAUGGAUAAUUGUAUUUCAAUUAAACUGAAAAAUGAUACGCGAUUGUACAUAACUUCAAAUGACAAAAUCAUGAUUACACAAUGGAAAGAAGAAAUAUUAGAAGGCUAUCGAAUUUCCUGUGAAUUGAUGGCACAUAUGAACAAAAAAGCCCAUAAAAUGUAUGGUGUUCUCGAUCCUAUGUCAAACACGGACACUCAUCCUCCUUCUACUACUGUUAUAACGUCAUCUAUUUUAACUGUUACUACUAGCGGUUCUGUACAGCCUCUCACUUCUACAAGUCGUCCAUCACAGAAGUCACAUUCACCUCCACAAAGUUCUACACAUCCCCGUCCUCGCCUAAGUCAUCAGGCAUCAAUGCCUUCCUAUCCACUCACAAACCAUAGGGGUCAAGGGUCAUCUUUAGAUUCAGUCACAGGUUCCAAGUCUGGUGAUCAAGCUGUUGAAACAGAUGUAAAUCAAGAUAUUAAUCCACCAGAUGGUGGUGUUGGUAGUGAUUUCAAUAAUAAUAAGUCAUCUUAAAUUCCUACUGGUCAUUUUAAUUUGUGUUUAUUAUUAUUAGAGUAUAGUUAUUGAUUCACUAACAGUCUUGAUCUUUCGAUGCUAGUCAUCUAUCUACAGUUUAUGAAAAAAAGAUUUGGAGGAUGGCAGCUUUCUAAUUGAAAAUUGCAUUCCAUUUAAGCUUCGAGAUGGUCGUUAUAAUCCCCGUGUGUUUAUAGUAAUUGUAUCAAAUUAUAUUGUACGAGAUAGUUGUUCAACCUCCAUUUCUGAUGUCAUACUGUAUACAUUUUUGUUCAUUCUUGCUUUUAAUUAGAAGCAUGAAAUUCCGUUUACUCUGUCUGUACUUAAGUUCGGAAUAGUCCCAUUUCUGAUGAUAAUAUAAACCUGAAUUCUGUGGUUUAAUCAUGUCAAGAAAAUAUUAUGCUCAUUUAUUUUGUGUAUAAAGUUAUUGUGUAUUACACUGUGUUAUGUCGACUUUUCUGAACAAUCCUGUUUAUUCAUAUUAUUAGUUGUUUUUGAUUAGUUUUGAGAUUCAUAGAAUCUAAUUAUUCAUUAUUUCCUCGAUUUGCCUCUCUUCAUAUUCUUUAUGUGCAAUAUAUGAUUGAUUAAUUCGUUUUUUUUUUAAAAUUUUUCUAAUUGUUUUUUGUUGCAUUUUUGUCUGUUUGUUCCGCAUCUCAGUGACUGCGCCGGAAGUUUGUUUCCUCUCACUCAAAGAGUGUUUUUUACUUGAUUCGUCGAGUCUAAAUCUGGUUAAUAAACUGUUAUUUUUUAACUUCUUAUCAUUUCAGUUAUAUUAUUACUGUUGUUGUGUAUGGCAUCUGUUAAUCUACAUGAUUUGUUAUUAUUACAUAAGAUCAUACAAAGAGACAUUGAAUGUGUUAUUAGUUAUCUGAUUGCGUUAACAUUAUCAUUAUAACUACGAUUUCCAAUAUUAUUACCUUUGUAAGUUUCAUUUAGAGUUGUUUUUGUUAUUAUUAUCAUCUUUGUACACUCGUUCAUUUAUCCUAUACUUUUUAAUUGACAUGUAAUUUCCUUAACAUAAUACUGGUUACAUUGAUUGCAUUAUAAUAAAGCUUAUCUAAUUUUUAAGAAAUAAGGAGAGAAAAAAGAUUUCGAUUGUCUGACUAUUACAUUAUACUUGACUUUUUCAUUUCAAUUAUAUUUGAAAAUGUUUGCAUUUUUUAAAAUUCAUUUUUGGAAUACGUGUAUACAUAGCCUAAAUUAUUUCUGUUUCUUUUUUAAAAUCAUAGAUUAUUAUUACCAGUCUUGUUAUUACUACAAUUACUAUUACUGUCUGUUCUAUUUAUCUUUUCCUCAAUUAACAAAAGUCAUGGUUUAGUGUUUCUUAAUAUUGUGUUGAUAAUAAAGUAUGAAUUAAUAUAGUAACAACAGAACUUAUUGUGUUAAGUAAAUGUGAUGAAUUUUAUUUUUACUCUUAUAGAUAAUGAUGAUGUAAAAUUGAUUUGACAAGUUAUAGACAUAAUCAUUUCUAUCUGUAUUUAUAUUAAUUGAAUUUUUAUUUUGUUUGUGAUUGAAUUAUAUAAAUGAAUGAAAGAAUAAGUAAGAUUGCAUUGAAUUCAUUGUUUUAAUUGUUUUCGUUGUUGUAUUGUAGUUGUACUUGUUGAUUUACUUUUCAAUUCAUCUUCUUUUUGUCUUGUUUAAGUGUCUCAGUUGUUUAUAAAAUAUAUAAGAGUAUAGAAGAGUAAAUAACCAAAUGAAGCAAUAUCUUGAUUCUUAUUGUGAGUUAGUUAUAUGUUAAAUAUUAAUCAUUUGUUUUACUGCACUUAUUCUAAAAUUUCUCUUAUUUACAUACUUUUAAAAUGAUAUUAUAGAAUAUUAGAUUACUUUAUGACAAUCAUGUUUAUAUGAUUAUGAAUUUGUGAAAUAUAAAUAACAGUCGAUUUUUUGUGUCUGUGUAUAUCAUUACAGUUUCUUAAUCAGUAUACUUUCUAUUUUUCUUAGGUUCUUAUUUUAAGUUACAUUAAUAUGUCUUCAUGAUGUUAAUUUUAAUUCACUAACAUGUGUGAAAAUAAUGGUUCGUAAAGAAAAUGGCUUUAAAGUAAAUCACUUGAUGAGAUGUUCAAUGAUGAAAACAUCUUAGCGUACAUAUGGAAGACGAUCUUACGCAAUAUAUUUAUUAAACUG